GAGUGAGGGGCGGAGACCAGGAAGUGGGUGCGGGCAUGGGGCUCGGGGCUCGGGCCACCCUCUCCGUCCCAGUCAGGGAGCCAGAGAGCGGCGGGCGCCGGUAGAGGAGGCGCGGGAACCGCAGCGGAGCCCUCGGCUUCAGCAGCACCAGACUCCAAUGCCCAGCUGCGGGGCCAGGCGUGGGGAACCAGCACUGAACAGGUCGACGCAGCCCGUCUCUCGGAGGUUGGAGUCUGCGUCUAGAUCUUUCUUCCUCCCUGUUUGUCUCAGCGGUGACACAUGGUGCAGCCCCUUGCAUCCUGACUCCCCUCCUCCUCCCACGGCGCAUUCUGAUUGCCUCAGUGCCUCCAAAGAAGGGCAUCUAGACUGGCCCCAGGCCUCCUGGUGCCGUGCAGGGAGGUCAAGGUCGAGAAGAUUCAUCCUGAAUCAGGUCACGCUCUUGGUCUGGUUUCAAAGCGCUCAACACCCGGCCUUUGCAUUUUCAGCUCCCGCUCUCCAGUGGUCCCAAGAGGGAGAUGCAGCAGCCGUGACCCCGGCCUUGUGGAUGGGAGCGGCUGUCAGCUAUGGAGAAGGAUGCGGCCACCUGUCCACAUGAUCCCUCCUUCAUAAAACCUAAGCCACCUCCAGACACAUGCCCCAGUGCCUGUCUCUAUGCAGAACCUGGAGAGACGAGGCCUGCUCCAGGCCCAGGAGGGAGCCAGCUCUGAAGGGGCAAGCUGAGGACUGGAGUUUGAACCACCAGCUUUGCCUCCUCUCUGUUCAUGCUCAUGCUCUUGCCCAACACCUCCUAGGAGACUGACUUUAUUUAUUUCUAGAAAAAGCACUGAGUUGAUUACUGUGGCCUGCCACAACUGGAUACUCCCUUUCGUCUCUGUGGGGCAGCCUGGAGCCCAGUGGCUGACAAAACUGGCACAUUGGGGAGCUGGAAGAGAAGCAGCUAGGGGCUGUGGCUGAGGAAGGAGCUCGGGGUCCCAGGAUGGAGGCCAACGACACGGCCGCUUCCUCUUGCCUGGACUCUGCCGCGUUCAAGGUCACCGUCAGUGUGGCACUCACCGUCCUCAUUCUCGUCACUAUUGCCGGCAACGUGGUUGUCUGCCUGGCCGUGGGCCUGAGCCGCCAGCUGCGCAGCCUGACCAACUGCUUCAUCGUGUCCCUGGCCAUCACCGACCUGCUCCUCGGCCUGCUGGUGAUGCCCUUCUCGGCUUUCUACCAGCUCUCCUGCAGGUGGAGCUUCGGCAAGGUCUUCUGCAACAUCUACACCAGCCUGGACGUGAUGCUCUGCACGGCCUCCAUCCUCAACCUCUUCAUGAUCAGCCUCGACCGGUACUGCGCCGUCACGGACCCCCUGCGCUACCCCGUGCUCAUCACCCCGGUCCGGGUCGGCGUCUCCCUGGUCUUGAUUUGGGCCGUCUCCAUCACCCUGUCCUUUUUGUCUAUCCACCUGGGCUGGAACAGCAGGGACGAGACCAGCGCGGUCAACCACACCAUCCAGCCCUGCAAAGUCCAGGUCAACUUGGUGUACGGCUUGGUGGACGGGCUGGUCACCUUCUACGUGCCUCUGCUGGUCAUGUGCAUCACCUACUUCCGCAUCUUCAAGAUCGCCCGGGAGCAGGCCAAGAGGAUCCAUCACGUCGGCUCCUGGAAGGCGGCCACCGUCAGGGAACACAAAGCCACGGUGACGCUGGCCACCGUGAUGGGGGCCUUCAUCGUCUGCUGGUUCCCCUACUUCACCGUGUUUGUCUACCGGGGGCUGAGAGGGGAUGACGCCGUCAACAAGACCUUCGAAGCUGUUGUUCUGUGGCUGGGCUACGCCAACUCGGCCCUGAACCCCAUCCUGUACGCCGCACUGAACAGGGACUUCCGCACGGCGUACCAGCAGCUCCUGCGCUGUCGGUAUGCCAGCUGCAAUGCCCACGACGCCUCUCUGAGGUACGACAGCUCUCGGCUCCCCCGGACUCGGAGCCAGGGACCCCGACAGCAGGAAGAGAAGCCCCUGAAGCUGCAGGUGUGGAGUGGCAGAGAGGUCAUGGCACCCCGGGGAGCCACAGACAGGCAAAACCUAGACAAGGGGAAGGUGACAAGCCAGUGAGAAGCAAAGAAAGCCCUGAGCUGGGAGUUAUAAAUUGCAACAUCUCCCACAGCACGAGCAUCCAUGGGGUUGUUUAAAUAUUUAACCCACAUUAAAUAGAAUUUGACUUGCAAAAAAUCAGAAGAGACUGAAAACCCUGUAUUUGGCAAGAUCAGAUCCAUCCUUCUUCCUCAAACCAGUGGUCUCCGAAAACAAAAGUGACAUGUCAUUAGAAGAAAAUGUACUUGAGUGCUGCACACUGCUGAGCUGACUGCUGGCUUCAGUCCUGCUAACCUUGUUGUCCCGUGUGCUUACUGCCAUGGCAGGCAGCUGUCCGUCAUGGCUGCCUUCGUCAGGGAGCACGCUCUCUCGCUCUCUCCUGGCUUCCUGUGUUGUGGAGCCCCAUGUGAAGUGCAAACAUCUGCAUUCCCGAGCCUCCUUGGCCCUGGGUGCAGACAUGUGACCAGAUCUGUCCCAUCAAAGGUAGCAAGCACCUUUGAUUGAAACAUGAGCUCUGGGCAGAAAGCGCUGGUAUGUCUCAGGCAGCUGUGCAUCCGCCUGGUGGGUGGCCGCCGCCAGAAAUCCCGGCCACACAGCUCGGCCACGAAUCUGUAAGCUCCCUAAUAACCCCAGAGCUAAUAUAGCCCUUCCUGCUUAAAACCCAGCUUCUGGCAAGUAAUAGACACUCAGUGAAUUCUAAUUGAAUUGAGAGCCUGUUGAGCUGAAAACUGCUGUGUCCGGGGUUUCAGGAACACGUCUGCUUGGAGAGAACUGUCUGCUUUGAGGUGUGUCUUCCCCUACGAACUGGGAAGGCAGGGGCUGUGUCCACCGAACCCUUGGUUGCCAGGGCCUGGCAAGCACUUGGCCAGCGUGGGCCCCAAUGAACCCUGGACGGGAUUAUUUAAUCCCCUGUAAGCCUUCCUGACUCUCUGGGGUUGCUUUUUCCUUCAGGCAUACCCUUGGGGGAUGGGGCUUCUCAUCUGAGAAGGUUGGAACAAGGGGCUCUCCCAGGACCACCCUCAGGCCCAGGCAAGGGGCCCCACUGUGGUUCCUGGGACUUGGAGAGUCCUGCCCUGGCCCCACAGCUGCACCUCACAGCGUCAGGAGUCAACAGGGCCAAGAGGAAGUGCCCACUAGGAGCCCACCCUCCCUUCUAAACCCCACUUAGGAUCCUGGAUUUCCUUGGCCUGAUGAUGAGAAAGCCCAAUUCCAGGCCUACGGGGACCUUUCCCCCAGAUCCAACCUCCCAAGAGCAGACCGUGCUGGUGAUGUGUGCAUGGCUGGGCCCAGGGGUGGCGAUUUGCAAGGGAGGGAUAAGUCUGGAGUUUUAACCCUUGGGCAUGUACAAGACCUGGGAUAUAUGGGAUGGAUCCCGGGGAAGAAGGGAGCGCGUGGGGAGGGCAGGGGUGGCCCCAUGCAAGUUCCCGCUCUCCCUCCCACCUGGUCUGGAGCAGAACUCCAAGGAGUACAAAGAUUCCAGAUUUGAACCUGAUAUUCCAGGUAGUUUUUAACAUAUGCUUUGUCAAGGUCAAUGGGUAGAACAGAUGUAAUUCAGUA